AUGAGCGUUUCUUCGGAUCUCAGUCGCUGUGAGCGAGUUUAUCAAAAUCAGACGCCGUGGUACGGAAACCCCCCCCCCUCCACAAAGAAGAUCAACCGCGCCUCCUCUAUUUUCCCAAAAGACUUAAAAGACCAAGACCAAGAUUGGGGAAAUUUCGACCGGACUCAAUUCUGGCAGCAUUAUUUUGCCCCCUGGAUGAACUCCCAUUCUAUCGAUAUCCUCGGUAUCCUCCCCACAAGCGAGCUCAUCCUCGCCUCAUCCAUUUCCUCAGAAGGCUCAGCAAACCAAGACCAGGUCGGGGGAAAUUUCAACCAUACUCGAUUCUGGCAUGACUUUUUCACUCUCUGGAUGAUUUCUGAGUCUAUCAGUGUCUUCCUCGUCAAGAUGAUGACAUGGGUCGGAGUCCAGAACUUUGUGUGGGCAGCUGGCUCCGCGAUGAAUGGCAUUCAAGUUUACCCGCAGAAUCCGGCAUCAUUCUCGCUGUGGCCUGUUUUCGUGAAGGCGAAAGAAUUGAUGAACUGGCAAAUACCCAAGUUCUCUGGGCUAUGCAGCGCUUGUAUAUGCAUAAUCAAGUAUGGAAGUCAGAAGAAAGGCAAAGAAUCCAUUGCUCUGCAACUCGUGUUGUAUGGUACCAACCUGUAA